AUGUCUGAUUUUAAUUUUGAGUAUAUGAAUGAAGCAUCAAUUGACGCUUUACUUAAAUGUCGACUAUGUUCAAAACCUUUUUUUGAUCCAAUCAUAACAAGAGAUGGUGAUCGAUUUUGUCGGAAAUGUAUUACUCAAAAAGAAUCUGCCAAUCGUCCUACCGGCUGCAUUCGACAAUCAUCAUUUAUUGAAAAUUUAGUUCCAAUGACAGAAAAACUUCUUCUUGAUAUGCUCGAUAGUCUUACUGUAAAAUGUACACAAUGCCAAAAGAUAAACACUCGUGUAGUUCACUUACAACAACAUCUUCAGCAUGAAUGCCCUAAAAGAAUUGUUUUAUGUAUCGCUUCUGAUCUGAAAUGCCCAUGGAUGGGACCCUAUGAUGAAUUCGAUAGUCACAUACAAAAAUGCACUUUUCAUUUAUUAAGACCUAUCCUAAUGGAGAGUUUACAAUUUCAAAAACAAUUCGAACAAUAUAAACAAUCUUAUGAUCAACAACAACAAGAAAUAGAACAAUUAAGAGAAAAAAUGAAAUCCUAUGAAAAUCAUAUGGAAAAAUUACAAAAAGCACAUACCAUAAUUCUAGGCUCACUAUCUCAACAAGUUCGUCGUUGUUCAGAAUUUGAAAAAGAUUUGCAACAAAUUCGAGAAGAAUUCAAUAAAUAUGAUAAUCAACAAAUCGAAUUAAAACAAGAACUUCAAUUAAUCAAAGAGCAAACUAAUCAAGCAUCUAUUCCUUCCGAUGAGAUUCCAAAUGAAUCUCAUCGAUUAAAUCAACUUCAACAAGCAAUAGAUGAUGUAUCAAGUAAAUUUCAACAGCUAGAUGUUAAAAUCCAACUGAAAUCAGUAGAUGAUGUAACAAAUCAACUUCAUCAAUUAGAUGUUAAAUGUCAACAACGAGCGGAUCAGUCUCAAAAUGAAAUUCAAAAACUAAAAGUAGAGUUUAAUCAGCGCAUGACUCCGUUGAAUGAAUAUCAAUUGGAAAUUAGAAAGCUACAAGAAGAAGGCCGGUCUCAAAAAGAUGAAAUCACGACUUUAAAACAAAAUGUUAAGCAACAUGACACACAAAUAUUGUUGAUGGCUAAGGAAAAAUCUGAUACGCCAAAUACGCUCAUACAUCAAGACGGCAGAAUAGAAGCAUUGAUGGAAUCGAUUGAUUUUUAUUCAGACGUUGAUUUAAGUCGCAAAAAAAUAGGCGAUCAAGAUAUGGAAUUUUUAUGUAAAAAGGUGAUUGUAGAUAGUAGAUGUGGAAAACUUCGACUCGAACACAAUGAAAUUUCUGGCAAUGGUGCUACAACUUUAGCUGAUAUAUUAUAUACUAAUACAAGUUUAGUGGAAUUAAAUCUAUCUAGUAAUCAAAUUUCUGAUACUGGCGCACGUGCCCUAGCACGAGCACUUUCGAUUAAUAACGAAACAAUGGAAUGGCUUGAACUCGAUUCGAAUAAUAUUACAGAUGAUGGUGCUGAUUAUUUAGCAGACAUGCUCAAAACCAAUACAACAAUACAAAUACUGAAUUUAGGUUCAAACGCAAUAGGUGACCGUGGUGUUCGACAAUUGAUCAGUGCAAUCACCUCCCAUAAUAACACUCUUCAAUGUUUAAAUCUUACUUCUAAUAAAUUAAUAACUGAUGCAUGCGUUAAUGAUCUGAUCAAAAUGAUUCAACAUAACCAAUCGAAUCAUGUAGUUUGGCUCAAUAAUUGUAGUUUGUCUAAAAAUGCUGUGGAAAAACUUAAACAAGAAGCCGAGAAAAAAGGAAACUUCGCUUUGGAAGCUUAA